CAGAAAAGAGCAUUAAGAAUGCAGAAUCUCUCAGUUUUGUUUUUAAUUUACGUAGCUGUUUCUGUUGCUCUUCCCAUGAACUCCGGAAAAGACAAUGAAGAGGAUAUCAAGCUUGUACAGGACUAUUUAAAUAAAUUUUAUGAAGUUGAGCCAGAUCCAAAUCAGCUUGGAUGGAAAAGAAACGCUGAAUCCACAGCAGACAAACUCCGGAAAAUGCAAGAUUUUUUUGGUUUGAAAGUGACUGGAAAACCAGACACUGAGACAUUGGAAAUGAUGAAGAAACCCAGGUGUGGAGUUCCUGAUGUGGGUCUCUAUGGUGUUACUUUGCCAGGAUGGAAAAAAAACAAGUUGACAUACAGAAUUGUCAACUACACACCAGAUAUGAGAGAAGAGGAUGUCGAUAAAGCAAUCCAGAAGGCAUUUAAAGUAUGGAGCACUGUCAUCCCACUGAUUUUCACUCGCAUUCAUGAGGGGAUAGCAGAUAUAAUGAUUGCUUUUGGGACCAAAGCCCAUGGACGUUGUCCUCGUUAUUUCGAUGGUCCCCUUGGUGUGCUUGCUCAUGCCUUUCCACCUGGCAGUGGUUUUGGUGGCGAUGUGCACUUUGAUGAGGAUGAAGACUGGACAACAGACUCAGCUGGAUUCAACUUGUUCCUUGUUGCUGCCCAUGAGAUUGGCCAUGCUUUGGGCCUCUCCCAUUCCAAUGACCAGAGGGCGCUGAUGUUCCCCAACUAUGCCUAUGUCAACCCCAGUGAAUUCCCCCUCUCUCCAGAUGACAUAAGAGGCAUCCAGUCCAUUUAUGGAUCUCUACCAAAUAUCCCAGAUAAGAGGCCAGACACCCCUUCAUCACCUAAGACCUGUCGCUCCCAAAUGUCUUUUGAUGCUGUAACUACACUCCGAAGAGAAGUCAUAUUUUUGAAAGGCAGACACUUAUGGCGAGUGUAUCCUGAUAACUCAGAAGUUGAACUUGAAUUAAUUUCUGCCUUCUGGCCAUCACUUCCAUCUGGUAUACAUGCUGCAUACGAGAAUAUUAAAGACCAAAUCCUAUUUUUCAAAGGCAAUAAUUACUGGGUUAUCAGUGGACACCAGAUAUUGCCUGGUUAUCCAAAGAAUAUCAACACAUUGGGCUUCCCUAAAGGUGUUAAGAAAAUUGAUGCAGCUGUUUGUAAUAGAAAUACUGGGAAGAGAUUUUUUGUAGGUGACAAGUACUGGAGGUAUGAUGAAAACAGUCAAUCCAUAGAGCAGGGUUAUCCUAGACGGACAGUUGAUGACUUUCCAGGAAUUAACCAGAAGGUUGAUGCUGUUUUCCAGCAUAAAGGUUUCUUCUACUUCUUCCAUGGUUCAAAGCAGCAAGAGUUUGACCCUAAUGCUAAAAAAGUUACCCGUGAGAUAAAGAGUAAUAGCUGGUUUAAAUGUUAG